AUGGCCGGAAGAAUUCAUGGGUUUCUUUCUGGAGUCUUAUUGACGUCGGCUAUAACUUACUACACCGGCGAGUAUAUUAAGAAAAAUCAGCAGUUUGUGUCCAGACAUUUACAAACAUCCACUCGAAUCAUAGACAAUAGAAUCCUUUCUGAUAAAGAUAUUAAUAAGGAUAUUGAACCUGGUAGUAGUCAUAUUACUCGGACGAGUCGUGGAGAGUUCAAAGAGAUUUGUAAGGAUAUUUGGAAUGAUGAAAUCAUCACCAUGGUAAAUUGGAUUUAUUCCAUUAAUUGGUUCCAAUUGGGUAAAGAUGCUGAUGAAGGAUUGAUUAGAUUGACUGAUAAUCUUUCAGAAAAGAUCUCCAAACACUAG